AUGCACAACCUGCGCCAAUUUCUCGCUCUUCUGCGCCGCGAAGGCGAGCUUGUCACCGUUGACGCCCCGGUUUCUUCUGAUCUCGAAAUCGCCGAGAUCCACCGCCGCGUCCUUGCCGCCGCUGGCCCGGCCCUGCUCUUUACCCACGUCGAAGGCGCGGACUUUCCCUGCGUCACCAACCUCUUUGGCACCGCCCGGCGCGUCGAUUUGGCCUUUGGCCCUAGGCCGGAGCAGUUUAUCCAGCAGCUAGUGCAACUCGCCCAAGACCUGCCCUCGCUCUCGCCGGGCAAGCUCUGGCCGCACAAAAACCUGAUCCCCGCCGCGCUCAAGGUCGGGCUGAAGACCGUCGGCAAAGGUCCCAUUGGCGAAUGCGUGCAGUCGCCCCCCGACCUUACGCGCCUACCCUUGCUCAAAACCUGGCCCGAGGACGGCGGGCACUUCAUCACCCUGCCGCUGGUCUAUACCCAACACCCCGAUACCGGCCAUCACAACCUCGGCAUGUAUCGCAUCCAGCGCCACGAUUCCCAGACCCUCGGCGUACACUGGCAAAUCCAGAAAGGCGGCGGCUUCCACUACCACGUCGCCGAGCAGCGAGGCGAAGACCUGCCGCUGGUCAUCUUCGUCGGCGGGCCGCCAGCGCUGAUCCUAGCGGCCAUCGCGCCUUUGCCCGAGGAUUUGCCCGAGCUGAUUUUGGCCUCUCUGUUGCAGGGCGAGCGCCUGCGCCGCGUACCAACCCCCACGCUGCCCCUGAUCGCCGAAGCCGAAUUCGCCAUUGAAGGCGUGGUGCCGCCGCACGUGCGCAAGCCCGAGGGGCCUUUCGGCGAUCACUACGGCUAUUACUCGCUGCAACACGACUACCCGGUACUCCAAGCCAAGCGCCUCUAUCACCGCAAAGACGCCAUCUUCCCGGCCACCGUCGUCGGCAAGCCGCCGCAGGAAGACAUGUUCCUCGGCACCUACAUCCAGCAGCUCAUGACGCCCUUGAGCAAGCUGGUAAUGCCCGCGAUCAAGGCCAUGUGGAGCUACGGCGAGACCGGCUAUCACUCGCUGGCGGCCAUCGUCGUCGAAGAGCGCUACCCACGCGAGGCCAUGAAAUUCGCCUUUCGCAUCUUGGGCGAGGACGGCGGCCAACUCAACCUCACCAAGUUUUUGGUCGUAAUAGAUCGCCCCUUGGACUUGGGCGACUUCCGGCAGGUGCUCGCGUAUGCCCUAGCGCGUGCGCGGCUCGAAACCGACCUCUUCGUCAUCGCCAAUCUCGCCAUGGACACCCUCGACUACACGGGACCGGCCGUGAACCAAGGCAGCAAAGGGAUCCUCCUAGGCGUGGGCGAUCCGGUCGGCGAAUUACCCGGGGAAUUCAGCGGCGAUUUGCCCGGCGGGGCCUGCGCCGCCGCGGUCUAUUGCCCUGGUGCUCUCACGGUCCAAGGCCCGGCGUACGCAGAAGAUCCCGGCUACGCCCAACACCUCGCCGAAGACCGGGCCGUCGCAGCUUGGCCGCUGAUAUUUUUGGUUGAUGACGCCAGUGCGGCUGCCAAGAACGUCACCUUUCUCUGGAGUACCUUUACCCGCUUUGAACCGGCUGCCGACACGUAUGCCGCCGCGGUCCAGCUCCGUCGCCACCACCCCUGCUACACGCCGCCGAUCGUCUUGGAUUGCCGCAUGAAACCCGGCUACCCAGACGAGCUAAUAACGGACGAAGAAACGGCGCAAAAGGUCAGUCGGCGCUGGGCGGGGAGUACUUUCCCCAAGGCGGCGUCGAAGGCGCGGAAGACCGCCUUGGCUACGCCGGAUUUUCCCUGUUGGAUUAACCCUUAG